AUGUCGGGUUCAAUAACAACACAUGAUAUUGUUGAUUGGAUUUGUAUAAUAAUGAUUAUACUUGGUACUCUUGGAAAUAGUCUUGGUUUAAUUGUAUUUUCAUCACGAAAAUUUCGUCGUACAACAUAUGGUAAAUUAGCAAUAGCAUCAUUAAUAAUAAAUCUUUUAUGUGUAUUUCGUUAUUCACUUCUUCUUCAUUCAUCAACUCGUCGUUGGAUUCAACAUAAAGCAGGACAAUCAUGGUUUAAUUGUAAAUUAUAUCGAAUUUCAUCUUGUUUAAGAAUAUUAUCAGCAUUUGUAACUGUUGCAUGGACAUAUGAAAGAUUUACUUAUGUAACAACAAAUUUUCAUUUUUUUACAAAUAAUCAAUAUGUUAAAAAAUAUAAAUUCUAUUUUAUGUUUUUUUUAUCUUUAAUUAUUAUAACUGCUCUUACUGGACCAACGAUUUAUUUUUAUCAAUUAAAAUCAAUGUUAUUAAUUAUUCCACCAACAAUAUCUUAUGAAAAUACAACAUCAAUAACAACUUUCACAUUACCAAAUGUAACAAUAUUAUCUCGACAUACUCGUAAAAGUGACGAUUUGAUAACUAAUCAAUUACCAAAUAAUUCUUAUCUAACGAUAUGUUCAUUACAAGAUUCUAUAUCUCCAUUAUGGCGUAGUUUUUUAGAAGAAGUUCAAUUUGGUUUAAAUUAUACAACAUUUCGUUCAAUAUUUUCUGAAAUAAUUCCAUCAAUAUUAGUUAUUAUGUUUAAUAUUGGAAUAAUAAUUUGUGUAAUAGAAUCAACAUUAUCAUUUUCAUCACAUAGUUCAACAACAAAUAUUCGUCAAAAUACAACUGGUUCAUUUCGUAGUAAAGAAGGAGUUGAUGGUUUAAUAGUUCAUAAUCGUCCACGUACAUCAUGGAUGAAUAUUGUAUUAAUAAUUCAUUCAUGUCUUUUCUUUUUUUCAUCAUUAACAGCAACAAUUGUACAUUGGUCAACAUCAAAUAUGUUAUUAUCACAUUGGAUAAGUGUUGUUAUAUUAGCUAAUUGUUCAUUAAAUUUUUAUGUUUAUUGUUUAAGUGGAAAAUCUUUUCGAAAUGAAAUACGUAAAUUAUUUUAUUAUUAUUAUCAAUUAUGUUGUUUUAUGAAAUUUAUGAAUUUAUUUCGAACAAAAUCUCAACGUGAACAAUAUAAACAAUGUUAUCAACCAGAUCAUCAAAAUUUAUCUCUUAUCAAAUAUUCUUGUCUUAAUGAACUUUUUAUUGUCAAUGCUCAUGAUGAUUAUAUAGAACAAUUUCUAAUUCAUAACAAAACAUAUUUACAAAACAAUACUGUUCUUCAUAUUAAAUAUGAAUCUUUGGAACGAGUAACACAUAAUUUCACAAGAGAUAUUACACGAAUAAAUUGUGCCAAAAUAAUUAAAUUAAGAUUACGUGGUGAAGCAAAAUGUUAUAUUGGUGCAUAUUUAAUCAUUGUUGGUGUUGAUGUAACUGGUUCUCAUAUAGCUGCAAUUGAACCUUACGGUACAGCCUCUUACAUGCCCUAUCUUACUUCUGGUUCUGGUGGAUAUACAUCAUUAUCUGUUAUUGAAGAUCGUUUUAAACAAGAUAUGAAUGAAGAUGAAGCAAAGCAAUUAGUACGUGAUGCUCUUUAUGCUUCCAUAACUACUGAUUUAUAUUCAGGUAGUAAAAUCAAUAUGUAUGUAUUAACUAAAGAAAAGUUAGAUAAAUUUUUACCAUAUGAAACUAUUGCUGUUCGUGGUGAUAGACAAACUGAUUCUAUACUGGAAAAAGGAGUUGAAGUAUUAUCAACAAGUGUCAAAAAAAUUGAAUUUGAUAUUGUUAAUGAAAAAGUAAAAGAAAAUGAUGAAACUAUGGAACUUGCAUAA